AUGGAUAAAGACGUGUGUAAAAUGUUCAAGAAUGUAUGGAAGGCUUUUCCCGAUGAAUUAUACAAUAAUAAAGAUUAUCAAUUUAAAGAUGAUAAACCUUUCAAAAAGUAUUGUAAUGAUAAUUGUAAUGAUAAUCUCGGAAAAAUUAAUGCUGUAUGUUUAUAUUUUUUGAAUGAACUAUUUGGGGAUUCUUCUUCGCUUACGAAUCAUAAUAAGAUUAAUACUGUUGAAUACAUUAUGCUAUGGUUAAGUUAUAUGUUAAGCCUAAUCGAAAAUAAAGAUAGCAACGUCACCAAUCUAGGUUUUUUUUUUAAUAUAUAUAUAAAUGGUGGCAAUUAUUAUAAUAGUUAUGAGAAUAUUUUAAAUCAAAAAAAACAUUUUUUGAGUAUGGAUAGUAAUAUUAUAUCUAAUUUUUAUAAAGCAUUUAAAUUAUUAUGUGAAAUGUAUACUAAUUUUGAUGAAGACAAUCAAACUUGCAAGGAAUAUUUGGAAGAUAAUAAUGAAUUUAUUAGCAAAUAUGAAAAUCUUAAGAAAGAUCCUAAUAUUAAUAAAGAUAAUUCCUAUAAUCAAUUAUUGUCUAUUUUAUUAAAUGAUUAUAAUAAUCUAAAAAAUAAAUGUAACGGUACUUCAUCCUUUUCAUCGAUAGCAAGCAAAUUAUUCAUAGUUUUAUCGAUAUUUGGUGCAAUAGGAAUUUUUUUGGGAAUUUCUUAUAAGUAUUCAUUAUUUGGAUUUCGGAAACGAUUUAAAAAACAACAGAUAAGAGAAAAAAUAAAAAAUAUAAAGAAGAGAAUGAAUCAUUAA